AUGAUUUUACUCAUUGAUUCCUACGAUUCUUUCACAAAUAACCUUUCUCAGCUAGUUCGGGAUACCACAGGGAAGAAAGUUAUUACAAUACACAAUGACACCUAUAAGCCAGACGAGUAUGAAUCAUUUUUCACGAAUUUUUUGCCUAUGUUUGAUUAUAUCGUCAUAGGUCCGGGUCCAGGUCAUCCAGCGAAUCCAAGUGAUAUUGGAAUCAUUAGUUGGUUGCUUCAGAAAUAUAAGCUGCAAGAGAGCCAAAACCAAGCUGCUGUCCCAAUUCUUGGAAUUUGCCUUGGUUUCCAAAGUAUUUGCUACGAAUUUGAUAAUCAAGUAUUGAAACUCGAAAGUGUCAAGCAUGGUCAAAUAUAUGAUGUUUACCCAAUAGAAGUUAAUGGGUUAUUCAAAACAUUGAAUUCAUUUCCAUCGGUCAGAUACCAUUCUCUCUACGUGGAUAUUGAGCAGCUCAGCGAUACUCUUAAGCCAUUGGCUUACUGCCUUGAUGAAUCUGAUCAAAAGGUUCUUAUGGCAGCAAAGCACACUAGAUUACCCUUCUACGGUGUACAAUAUCACCCAGAGUCUAUUUGCUCGGAAAGGGGAAUAGAAUUGAUAAAAAAUUUCGAUGAACUUGCUGAGAGCUAUAAUAAACUAUGCAAUAGAACUCUCAAGAAAAGUGAGAGUCAAGAAUAUGUGAAUGAAUCAAUAGCUUUCGAAAGCUCAGUUCAUCCUCUGGGUCUUAUUUCUUCAGGUAAGCUUAAAACUACUUUGAGAGCUAGUACUAAUUUAUACUUUAAAAAGUUUCAAAUGCCACAAGCCAUCAACUCUGUUGGUAUUUGCAAUUAUUUAUACCUGAAGGAAACUCCAUUUUUCUUAUUGAACUCUGCGUCAUUUCCAGGUGAAUGGUCCAUAAUUGGUCUUCCAACACUCGGUAAGUCAGAAGUAAUUACUCAUUCAGUAGAUGAGAAUGACAAAAUUAAAGUCUCUCUCUAUGGAUCUCUUGAAUCUAGGAAGAAAAUUCUGUUGGGGAGCCGUUCUGCUUGGGCCUUUGUAGGUGAAAAAUUCAGAGAAAAAUAUAUCCCCAGAGAAAACUUUGGGUCGAUUCAUACUCGUGAUAUCCCAUUUUUAGGAGGAUACUUGGGCAUAAUAUCUUAUGAAGAGGGCCAGCAUAUAAUAAUUGAUAAAUUAGACUCUAUCACCAACCCCGAGGUUGAUUGUACUCCUGACCUAAAAUUGGUUUACAUUGAAAGAUUCAUGAUCUUUGAUCACGUAACAGGCGAUUGGUUUGUCAUUUCCAUUAAUCAAGACAAUCAACAUGAACAAAUUUGGUGUGAGAAUUUAGCGGAAGAAUUAACAUCUCAUGUCGCUGAUGGUAAAUUAGUAAUUGAGAAAUCUAAUGUUCCUGAUUCAAUUAAUGAUUUUGUUCUCCCCCAGGACAUUGAUAUUGCUAUUGAAUUACCUUCAAGAGAUAUUUAUAGGAACCAAUUUGAAAAAUGCCAGGAAUACUUACAUUCCGGAGACUCAUAUGAACUUUGCCUUACAACCCAACUGAAAAUAAGGUUACCCUCAAGCAUUAAGGCCUGGGAAAUGUACAAAGUUUUAACGAUAAAGAAGAACCCUUCCCCAUUCUCAUGCUUUAUGGAAUUUGAUGAUAUUACAUUAAUUUCUUCCUCGCCAGAGAGAUUCUUAUCCUGGAAAGAUGAUAGUGUCACCAAGAAAAAGAUGGUUGAAUUAAGACCGAUUAAGGGGACUGUCAAAAAAACCGAAGAUAUGACUUAUGAAAAGGCACACAAGAUAUUGAAAACCCCAAAAGAAAUGGGUGAAAAUUUAAUGAUUGUAGACUUGAUAAGGCACGAUCUACAUAGUUUUAUUGAAAAAGUCACAGUCGAUCAGUUAAUGAGUGUUGAAGAGUAUGAAACUGUAUUCCAAUUAGUCAGUGUAAUCAGAGGUGAAUUAUCUAGUGAAUCUUCUUUCAAUGGAUUAGACAUAUUGCGAGAGUCACUUCCACCAGGAUCCAUGACAGGAGCGCCCAAGAAGAGAUCAAUUGAAUUGCUUCAGGAUCUUGAAUCGCUGCAGACUACAUCAAUUGGAGGAGGCAGAAGAGGUAUUUACAGUGGAGUUGUUGGAUACUGGUCAAUUACGGACGAUUCAGAUUGGUCAGUUGUUAUCCGUUCUCUUUUCCAUUAUAAUAAUGAUAAAGAAAAUACGGACGAUAUAAAACUUUGGAGAAUCGGUGCUGGUGGUGCAAUUACGGUUUUGAGCGAAGCUGAUUCUGAGUGGGAGGAAAUGGAAGUGAAAUUGUCAAGUGUCUUGCAAUCGUUCAGAUAA